AUGGUGUCAUUGAAGGGAAUUUACUUUAUAAUUUCACUCUUUUUGGGAAGCUUUUUGGGAAGUAUUUUCAUGUUGGCUCCUUUUUUACCUUUGAUGCUUAUAAUGCCGUCCUGGUAUCGCUGGAUCAACAAUCGCCUUGUCGCAACCUGGCUUACACUUCCAGUGGCAUUGCUGGAGACUAUAUUUCGUGUAAAAGUGAUUAUAACAGGGGAUGCUUUUGUUCCUGGGGAAAGAAGUGUUAUUAUUAUGAACCACCGGACAAGAAUGGAUUGGAUGUUUCUUUGGAAUUGCCUGAUGCGAUAUAGCUACCUCAGACUAGAGAAAAUCUGCCUCAAAUCCAGUCUCAAAAGUGUUCCUGGUUUUGGUUGGGCAAUGCAGGCUGCUGCCUAUAUCUUCAUUCAUAGGAAGUGGAAGGAUGAUAAAAGUCACUUUGAAAACAUGUUGAAUUAUUUCUGUGAUAUUCAGGAACCACUUCAACUCCUCAUAUUCCCAGAAGGGACUGAUCUCACAGAAAACAGUAAAGCUAAAAGCAACGAGUUCGCUGAAAAAAAUGGACUUGAAAAAUACGAAUAUGUUUUACAUCCAAGAACCACAGGCUUUACGUUUGUAGUGGAAUGUCUAAGAGAAGGUAAAAACCUUGAUGCCAUCCAUGACGUCACUGUGGCGUAUCCUCAUAACAUUCCUCAGACAGAGAAGCACCUCUUAAGUGGAAAUUUUCCCAAGGAGAUCCACUUUCACAUCAAUAGAUAUCCAGUAGAAACCCUUCCAGAAUCCAAGGAGGAACUUCAGGUCUGGUGCCACAAAAGAUGGCAAGAGAAAGAGGAACGACUCCGUAUGUUCUAUGAGGGCCCAAAGAAUUUUGACUUCACAGGGAAGAGUGUGAUUCCACCUUGCAAAUCAGAGUUUAGGGUACUAAUGGUCAAAUGGAUGUCAAUCCUGUAUUGGACUUUCUUCACCCCUGCUAUGUUUAUUCUCUUAUAUUUCUACAGCAUUGUUCGGUGGUAUUUUUUAAUUGUAAUUCUCUUUUUUGUGCUACAAGAGAAAAUAUUUGGUGGACUAGAAGUCAUUGAACUUGCAUGUUACCGAUUCUUACAUAAACGACCACGUGUAGAUGACAAGAGAAACGAAUGAGAAUACGGGAUUCACAGGCCAGAAACUUGAUUUUUUAAAAAAUGUUCUACAUACAGCCUUUGUAAAAUGAGAUUUUUUUGCAUGAAAAUUUCAAAUUUUUCUUACUUCCAUCAUUCUUUGUUAAAGACAUUUUGCACUUGAUUUUAUGAAAAGAAAAAAAAAGAUGUUGCUCUAUAUGAAAAUAGUUUUUAACCUCAGAAUGUAAUUUUAAUAUUGCUUCAGCAGGAGUUACAGUGGUAAAAUAAUUCUUGCUGGAUUAUUAAACAAUCAUUAGGCUGUUAAUAGGCAGGGUACCCAAUAGAUUUGUAAACUCCAAUGCUAUCAUCCAGCCAAAUUGUGUAGCCAAAGGAGAUAGAUCUGGGACUUGUAUCCCCUAGUAUAAAUCAAGUCUCUACCCUGAAGAGUGGAGGUAGGUCACCUCACUUAUUCAUGUGAAUUAUAUCUUUUUUACAUUUUCCUCUACAUUGCCCUAACCACCCUUUUCCCAAUAGUCAUUCUUAUUCUAGCUUCCUUUUGGUGCCUGACUGAGAUGCCCUGCCCUCCCUCUUAGAUUAGUCACAUGAUUUGGCAACCAAUCAAUACAAAGAACCUGAUCAUUCAUAAGAAGUUCCUAUUUGGCUUUUGGUGACCUACAGAGUGAAGAAUCAUAUGUGCCCUUUUGCCCAAGGAGGGAACCAGGUCUAAAAGUAAACAGAGGCUUUACCAACUUUUAAACCUCAAUAUGAAUUUUGCAGUGAGAGAUUUUGCUAUUUUCACAUCUUCAUUUUGUGGUACUUCAUUUUCUUCUCGUUGUUAUAUGAUUGGUGCCAGUUUUCCUUCAGUAUAUUGAUAGUUGAUACCUUUUUGUCCCAAUAUGAAAAAACAUACUUUUAUCUUUCCCAAAAGUACAAUCUGAAAUGAUUAUAACAAAUGUGGAUUCUCAGGUGUUUCUGAAAGCCUACAGUAAAGGGAAAACUGUUUUGUCUCUCUGUGUAAAAAUCUAUUUAGCCCUUAAAAAAAAAAAAAAGCCUUAAACAUAGGCAAUUACGAACAAUAGCUAAAAUUACACAACAAAAGAACAUCAUAUCCCUGACAAUUCAGACUACUUAGUUAAUUUUUUUUUUUUUUUUUUUUUUUUUUUUUUGCUGGACAGUGGCUUCUAUUCUAAGUUCUAACUUUGUUUUGCUAUAAAAGGGGCGUACAUAUAGUAAGCUUGGCAUA